GUGUCGUCCCCCAGCCCGUCCCCUUUGUCUUCCGGGGAGUGGUGAAGUGAGCUGGAGGCAUGCACCAGGGGAAGGGGAGAGAUGAGUAUCUGAGCAGCUGUAGGAGAGGACACAGCUGGGGGAAGGGAGUGGAGAUGACCAGGGGUUCCUGCUGACAGCCUCCUGUGGGACGUAGUGUAAGACUUUAACUCCAUCAGAUGGGACUCGGCGUGUGUGACAUGUCCCCCACCUCUUACUGUGAUCGUUGUGUGUGUUAUUAUUGACCUUACAAGUGCAGAGGAGAUGGAGCACAGAAAACCUUCCAACUGAGAGUCGAAUUGGUCCUUGCAAGAGCUUCUGUGGUGGUUGAAGAGAGAGAUGACAUCCCACUGACUGGAACUGUGGUUACAUCUUUGAAUUAUCUGAAGCCAACGACCCUGCACCCGCUGGCCACCAUGAACGCCUCAGUCCUGCCGCUCACAAACAACACCCCACUCUGCUUCACCAAGAACAGCCCUCCAUUCAACUACACCCUCCCCAUCGCCUCAGCCUACUACUCAUCUAUCUUCAUGAUCCUGGGCCUCACCUCUAAUCUCGUCGCCUUUGGAGUUCUCCUCAAGUCCUUCCAGCGGACGCAGAGCCGCUCGCGCUCCUUCUUUCUGAUCUUCCUUGCUGGAUUGGUGUUCACUGACUUCAUGGGUCUCCUGCUCACAGGCACCAUUGUGGUCUCAUUCCAUGUUACUCACUUUAAUUGGCGCCAUUUAGACCCAUACUGCCAUUUAUGCAACUUCAUGGGUAUGUCCAUGGUGUUCUACGGACUGUGCCCGCUGCUGCUUGGCGCCACCAUGGCAGUGGAGCGUUUCAUUGGCAUCAAUCGGCCGUUUGCACGCGCCUCCAGCGGGACCAAGAGCCGGACAAUCUCCCUGGUGUUGUUGGUUUGGUUUAUCGCUGGCUGCAUUGCGUUGCUGCCCCUAACGGGCUUUGGGGCCUACCACUUGCAGAUGCCGGGCUCCUGGUGUUUUUUAAAUAUCAGCUCUAAGGGAUAUGACCUGGUCUUCUCCCUGAUCUUCUCAUUGACUGGGUUGAUAUGCAUCGCUGUGUCGUUUUUGCUGAACACGAUAAGCGUGGUGACUCUGAUCAAGGUGUGCUGCGGACAGGACAGGAGCCAGCGGCGCCGAGAUCACGAAGUGGAGAUGAUGGUUCAGCUCAUCCUGAUCAUGGUGAUCGCUUCUAGCUGCUGGUGCCCCCUCCUGAUCUUUAUUGCACAAACUGUGCUGUCUGGAGCUCCACUCCAGGUCAAAUACCUACUGCUGUGGCUGCGCUUCGCCACCGGAAACCAGAUCCUGGAUCCCUGGGUCUACAUCCUGUUUCGCAGGGCGGUUCUCAAGAGAAUCUACCCCCGCCUUGACUGGUCCCGAGGCUCCAUCAUGACCUUGUACCCAUCUCUCAGAGACACCAUGCGCAGGUUGACACAUUCUUCAAUCACCAGCACCGUGGGAUCGAAUGAAACGGGAGAGAUGGGGAAAUUAAAUGGGACCCCGCCAUCUACCUUGAAGCCGCCGCCUCCUUCUCCGUGAUUGGUUGGGUUUUGAAUUGUUGUUACAGCAGAAUGUGAGAAAUCAUGUUGAAGAUAAUACCUAUUAUCUGAAAGGAUUCUGUUAUCGCAUACCAUUGAAAUUUCUUUCAGUAUUAACAGCGACACUUUAAUUCACAGCAAAGUAUAAUGAUCGAGCCUGCUAAGAACAUUUUAAGCUAACUACAUGCAUCACACACCUUUAAGGUUCAGUGUCGUCAAGUGUUUUUAUGAUGUUUGAGUUCAAAACAUUUUAUUGAGGAAAUCUGUGGUCUUUGUUUUUAUGUGAUUCUUGUGUGAUGUUGUUCCUUUUGAACCCAUUUACAUGAUGAUGCCAAUGAAGAAUAUUUCACAGUUUUCAGGCUCAUGCUCAAUGGUCACGUGUUUUUCCUUUUCUGAAAAGUAUUUAGAUGAACAUUUUGGGGGGAAACCCUUGAAUCUUCAGCGUUAUGGUGGAACAGGCGAAUCCAGAGGCCAUCAGACUGAAAACAGACUUCUGCUGAUCUCAUAGAGGUGUUUGAAAGUGAAAAUGUUUUCAUCCAGAGUAAAGUAUGUCUCCAUGUUUGCCUGGUGCCUUGUGCACAAUUUUCAUUUUACUUUCAACUGUAACUACUAUAUCUGUUUUUUUAUUUACAAUGGAAAUACUGUAAAAUCAUGUGUAAUAGGAUUUAACAUUCCACAUAACUUUCUAGAUAUACACAAAACUCCAAUAUCUGUUUGUCUGUCAUACACCACAUGGACGUAUUCACGUUUGCCAGAAGAAGAAAAAUGAGACCAUUAAAAUACAGUCUUAUAAUGUCAAUAAAUGACAGUAUUUCAAAUAAAAUAUUUACUGUGAAAUGUGAUCACAGCUAUAUUCUGGUUUUAAUAUUGUGGCUGAUCAUUGUAUAUCACUGUAUGAUUGUGAUAGAAGUGUGUCCACUUUACUCACUGCUUAUAGUUUGGUUUUCCUACGGUUUUCUUAUUCAGAGAAUUGUUAGUUUUAAGUGAAUGGAAAUUAAUUUGUGCUGCUCAAACAAAUGAAAAGUGCCAUUUGAAAAAAUGUGGUAUAAACUACAUUGAGUAAGUGAGCAAAGUGAAGUAUAAUUGUACACAAGGGCAUGUAUAUAGCUUUUGUAAUUUGGGUGAACUGUACUUUUCUGCCGAUUGUGAAUAAUAUGGAAUGUUUCAAAAAAUGUAUUCAAAUCCAAAAUUUAGGAAGAAAGUAUAAUUUCCUCAUCUUGUUUUUGUCAUCCUUGGUUUUAGGACACAUAAGUGGUGAAUGAGCUCAACACAAAUGGAAUGUGGUUGUUUGUACAUAAACUCGAAAAUUAAGAAAA